GCUCACAGAAACGUCGUGUGGACGGCGCGGCUAAUCACAAAGUUUUGGAGAGAACUUGCAGUUUGGAGUGUAUUACGCCUCCAGAAUUCAGUUAUUUUGUAUGUAUCUGGUUGCAUACACAGACUGAUAGAGCUUAAAGACAUAAUCUAAAGGAUUGGAGGAUGUCUCUUCCCAAGCGGGAGGUGGAGGAGUUGAGACCAUGGGUGGAGCGAACAGUGAAGAAAGUGCUGGGUUUCUCUGAGCCCACUGUGGUCACCGCUGCUUUACACUGUGUGGGGAAAGGCCUGGAUAAACGCAAGACCACAGACCAGCUGCGCCCUUUCCUUGAUGACUCUGCUGGAGGUUUCGUGGAGCGGCUUUUUGAAGCUCUUGAGGAGAGCCGAGGUUCCCGUGGCAGCAAAGGAGGAAGUGAAAAAAACCGCAAGAGAGAACUUAAGGAUGUAUUUGGAGAUGAGGCUGACAAAGGUGCAGUUCGUGAGAAGCCCGAGGCAGGAGAUGUGACAACAGUAAAGCGGAAACGAACCCAUCGCUUUGAGGAGGUGGAGGAGCCCGAGGUCAUUCCCGGGCCGCCAUCUGAAAGCCCUGGCAUGCUUACAAAACUGCAGAUCAAACAGAUGAUGGAAGCUGCCACAAAACAAAUCGAAGAAAGGAAGAAACAACUAAGCUUUGGCUCUUCUGCAACGUCACAGCUAGACACCCCUCCACUGUCACGGCUUCUCAGUGCUCAUGGAGUUUCAGCUGCUGGUGCCUCAUCUCUUGCCCCCUCUCAGGCUGCCAGCUUUAUGAAUGAUGCAAUUGAGAAGGCCCGCAAGGCUGCUGAGCUACAGGCCCGCAUCCAAUCCCAGUUAGCCAUGAAGCCUGGCAUCCUCGGGCCUUUGGGGAACACUGGGGCUCACAACCUAGUCGCACUUGCUAAUCUGCAUGCCAUGGGAAUUGCUCCACCGAAAGUAGAAAUUAAAGAGGUGAACAAACCAACGCCUCUUAUUUUGGACGAUAAGGGAAGAACUGUAGAUGCCAGUGGAAAAGAGGUGGAACUCACACACCGUAUGCCCACUCUCAAAGCGAACAUACGAGCGGUAAAGAGGGAGCAGUUCCGCCAGCAGUUGAAGGAGAAGCCUAGUGAGGACUUGGAGUCCACGUCCUACUUUGACCAGCGUGUUCUUAUCACACCAUCUCAGCGUCCUCGCAGGAGCUUUAAAUUCCAUGAGCAGGGGCGUUUUGAGAAAAUUGCUCAGAGAGUUAGAACUAAGGCCCAACUUGAACGACUGCAAAAUGAGAUUGCCCAGGCAGCGAAGAAAACAGGAAUCCAGGCAUCUACCAAGCUGGCUCUGAUUGCUCCUAAAAAAGAGAUUGGAGAAGGGGAAGUGCCCUAUAUUGAGUGGUGGGACUCGUACAUCUUGCCCUCCCACACACCCAUAAAUAAAGACACAAAAUUUGGAGAAUUGGAUUUGUUUGGUGUGACCAACCUGGUAGAGCAUCCUGCACAGAUGAGUCCUCCCGUUGACACAGACAAGCCAGUAACGCUGGGCGUAUACUUGACAAAGAAGGAACAGAAGAAAUUGAGAAGACAAACGCGGAGAGAGGCACAAAAAGAAGUGCAAGAAAAGGUCCGUCUGGGACUUAUGCCUCCACCAGAACCCAAAGUACGCAUCUCCAACCUGAUGAGAGUGUUGGGAACAGAGGCCGUUCAGGACCCCACAAAAGUUGAAGCCCAUGUGAGAGCACAGAUGGCCAAAAGACAAAAAGCUCAUGAGGAGGCCAACGCAGCGCGGAAGCUCACAGCAGAGCAAAGAAAAGAUAAGAAGGUCAAGAAGUUAAGAGAAGACCUGACUAACGGUGUUCAUAUUGCAGUAUAUAGGAUCCGUAACCUCCAAAAUCCAGCAAAGAAGUUUAAAGUGGAAGCCAAUGCCAACCAGCUGUACCUGACAGGCACAGUAGUUCUGCACAAAGAUGUCAACAUUGUUGUGGUGGAAGGAGGCCCUAAAUCCCAGAAAAAGUUCAAAAAGCUGAUGAUGCACAGGAUCAAGUGGGUGGAACACAACAGUAAAAGAGACGAUCCAGAUGGUGAUGAUGACACAAAGAGAAACAACAAGUGUUGGUUGAUUUGGGAGGGCACAGCUAAAGAGCGUAGUUAUGGAGAGAUGAAGUUCAAGCAGUGCCCCACAGAGAACAUGGCUAGAGAACACUUCAAGAAGCAUGGCACAGAACACUACUGGGACCUGGCCCUUAGCCAGAGCGUGUUGGACGGCACGGAUGACUGAAAUCAUCCAGUGGAGCACUUCCUGCCAAUCUUCUAACUUCUUCCAUCAAGCCUGCAGAUCCAUGACUUCACACCCAGCUAGCCCUCACUUUUCACUGCUCAUCGGGGGGAGACAACACAGGCCUAAGAAACCUAAACUCCUCAACAAAGGAGGAAUGAUAAAUGAUAAAGCUGUUUUUGUGAGACUGUAAGACAAUAGGGCUGUAUGUAUAGAGCAGCAUUUAUGUGUAGGUCUGGGUUGAUGUCUUUGAUAGGCUUUUCUGUCAUAUUUCAACGACAGAUUGUUGUGCGUGAUAGAAAUCACUCACCCCAGGUUUAUGUGACAAUGAGAACAUUUUGUCAGAUUAUGUUUUGUGAUUUCAAAACCCUGUCUCUACUCUUAAUACUUGUUGGGUUAAAUGUGAGUUGAGGCGCUGGACAGCAAUGAACUUUACCAAUAUUGUGCUACCACAUCAAGAGGAAACUUACAUAGGAGGAUACAUGGUCAAUGCAAUUUACUGAAACAGUUCACGGAAUUUCAAGUUCGCAGUUUUUAUUUUUGUUUUUGAGAAACAAUUCCCCCAUUUUCCUUUUAAACACAGAGCUAUGUUUCUCUCAACAGUAUAGGCACCCUCUAAAAUAAACACGUUUAACCUG